GGAACUGGAAAGUUAUCAUCGACAGCCUCUCAGUACAGAAGAAACUCACCAGAACAGAGCAAUGAAGCCUUUUAUCGUGACUCUUUGCCUCCUUUGUUCAGUAACCCUGUGUGGAUCACAGAGUGGAUCUACUCCUACUCCUAGUACUACUACCACGCCUGCAUCAAGUGUCAGUAGUUCAACAUCGAGUUCCACCRGAACAACUGUGGCACCUGGUACUACYGYUUCAGGAGCUACAAGUGCAACCGCUUCAGGAGCUACAGGUGUUACCGCUUCAGGAGCUACAGGUGCGACCGCUUCAGGAGCUACAGSUGUUUCUGGACCCUCUACAGCCCAGACUGCUCAGCCCACCGCAGAACCUUCAACAGGAGGUCUUUCAGGAGGAGCUAUAGCCGGCAUUGUUAUUGGUUCGAUCGCUGGGGCUGGUCUGCUGGGCGGUGGUAUCUACGGUCUGCUGAAAUACACCAACAAGAUCUGAGAGCAGCUCUCACCAAUUCAGGACUUAAAAUAYACAACAUUUCAAGCUGAAACAGAACCCGACCCAACGUCAGACCUGAUCCUGGACCGGCCAAAUGGACCCUGAAGUGUUUUUGUCUGAAAGGCUCAGCUCUGAAUAAAUUUGGUGUCUUUGCUGAUGACGUCCUGGGCCAAAAGGAAAAAAAAAAAAAAAAAAAAAAAAAAACUCAACUGUAUGAUGAUGAUGAUGAUGAUGAUGAUUGGUCUGACUGGAAAUUGAGAUAAUUUUAAGUUGAUCGUCACCUUUUUUUAUAUGUCGAAUACGUUUAAUAUUUCUAUUUGCUGCCAGAGAUUUGACGGUUUAGGAAGUCCUGUUUUGGAAAUAUGAAUCUCUCAUCAUGUAUUGGGUCAAAAUGACCAAAAUUUUUCACAUUUUCUUUCUAAAGAUGCUCCAUGUGUCAAAUGUCAGAAUUUACAGAAAAAAACUAUUUUUUACAACCAUUCACUCACGACAAUAGACAAAUAUUGAAUUAUAUUUCAUGUGUUAAAUAAAUAAAAUUGGCCAAUUUCAA